CGGUCUCCCCGCAGCCAGGCGGUCGCGCAGUCCGAGUCCCGGAGGCUGUGCAGGAGGCCGAGCUGGGCAGCGAUCAGCGGCAGGGCCCUGCCAGGAGUCCCGCAGAGCCCCGAGGACGCCCGGGCUGUAGGAGCGGGGCCGAUGGCGGCGCCAGGGCGCGCGAUCUGGGAAAUGGACGAGGACUGACUCCCGUCACUUCCCGUAGCCGCCUGCGUAGCCGGGGCUGGAGACCCGGACGGCCCUUGGCUGGGGACAGACACCCUCCGGCUGGGAGUGCCUACGACGCCGUGUCUGGUUUCAAUCUAGGUAAUCUUUAAGUGAAACAUACUUAAAAUCUUAAAUCAUACACAGAAGAGAGACACCAGUCAACAAAAUCAACAACGAGGUGGAGAAGAAUGUUGUCCUUAAAUAACCUGCAGAAUGUCAUCUACAACCCGGUAAUCCCCUAUGUUGGCACCAUUCCUGAGCAGUUGGAGCCUGGGACUUUGAUUGUAAUCCGUGGGCAUGUUCCUAGUGACGUGGACAGGUUCCAGGUGGAUUUGCAGUGUGGCAGCAGCGUGAAACCUCGAGCCGACGUGGCCUUUCAUUUCAACCCUCGUUUCAAAAGGUCCAGCUGCAUCGUGUGCAAUACUCUGAAAAAUGAGAAGUGGGGAUGGGAAGAGAUCACCUAUGACACGCCUUUCAAAAAGGAAAAGUCUUUUGAAAUUGUGAUUAUGGUCUUGAAGGACAAAUUCCAGGUGGCUGUGAAUGGAAAACACAUUCUGCUCUAUGCCCACAGGAUCAGCCUGGAGAAAAUAGACACUCUGGGCAUUUAUGGCAAAGUGAACGUUCACUCAGUUGGUUUCAGCUUCAGCUCGGAUUUACAGAGUAACCAGUCAUCUACUCUGGAACUGACAGCGAUGAGCAAAGAAAAUGCGCUGCCUGAGGCAGGUACUUCUUACCGUCCUAGUACUAGAGAAGGAGACUUACUUAAAAUCAUGCCCAGAACAUUCUGCACCAAGAGCAAAGAUGCAGCUGUCAGCCACAGUUUGACUUGCACCAAAAUCCUACCUACCAACUGUUUGCCGAAGACCCUGCCAUUCAUCGCAAGGUUAAACUCCCCGAUGGGCCCCGGACGAACUGUUGUCAUUAAAGGAGAAGUGAACACGACUGCCAAAGGGUUUAACGUUGAUCUACUAGUAGGAAAGUCAAAGGAUAUCGCUCUACACUUGAACCCACGCCUGAAUAGCAAAGCAUUUGUAAGAAAUUCUUUCCUUCAGGAGUCUUGGGGAGAAGAAGAGAGAAAUAUUACCUGCUUCCCAUUUAGUCCUGGGAUGUACUUUGAGGUGAGAUUACAGUUUAUAAACGGUGUACACAGCCUGGAAUACAAGCACAGGUUUAAGGAGCUCAGCAGUAUCGACAUGCUGGAAAUUAACGGGGAUAUCCACUUACUGGAAGUCAGGAGCUGGUAGCUGAUGCGACUGCUAUGAACCCUGAAAUACACAAUGGCUACUGUGGUA